AUGCUAGAGGGGCAGAAAAAGACGGAGAGCAGCUCAUCCUGCCCCUGUGAGAACAGCACAAUGUGAGCUUCUUACAGCAAGCUGUCAACGGUGGAUUGCAUUUCUGUAUUGGGGGAAGCAAAAAGCAUGCAGAGAGAUCACAACAAUGCUGGCAUGAGGAGAAGAGCCAAGGACAUUUGUGAGGAGCUGAGAUGAAAUCUGGAAGUUUGUGGAGGACACAAGCAACGGAGAGGCAGAGAAGAGGAUGUGUCAACACAGUAAAGGGAAACACAUUGUGAAGCAGAGGAAGUGAUGUCUGAGGUUGAAACCAUGCUCUGCUAGCUUCACACGUCUGCACGUCAUCGCUGGCUGGGACACACACACACACACAUACCGAGCCCCGCAGACCUUUGCUGAGGAUGUGCACUAGAUGAAGACAGACCGAGGACAUGGAGAGGAAGGAUAUGAGUGAAGAAGAAAACAUUUAAAAAGGGAAUACAGUGGAGGAUGCAGCCGUGGUCUCUAAGGGCACAGAGCUUGUUGGUCGGCCGUGAACAGAGAGUCACAACGAGGCGUACCUGACUCAGAAUAAACCAGACUGGGAAUCCAGUUUCAGUCAGUCCACAUACAGUCAUAGUCAUUCUGCUGGAUGCAUCCUAUACCAUUUAUGAUGAGAGUAAUCAAGUAUGUCAGAACUUAAGAUGUUUACCGAGAGAUUGGAAUCAUCUCUGGAGCCUUCACGGCUGUUAUUUUAUUCCAAGACAGAAGGUUGUGCUGAAUAUUUUAGUGAAUGAGGAACCUAUCGAACGGAGAUCUGCUGGCAGCGCUUGAGAAUUUCAGUGUUCAUGGCUAGAACAAGAAACAUUUGUGCCAGUCACUUGAGUUCCCCGAAAACUCCUGACUUGUUCACACAGAUGCAGUAAAUUGGUACGGAGGCAUAAGAAAAGGGGCAAGGGCAACUGAAAAGUCAGAGCUUUCAACUUCAAAUCAUGCAGUCAGACGAUCUCUUUAUCCGCAAGUUUCGUAGGCAGAGCCCACGCCCGCCCCUAGUGAGAGUGAACUUUGACCCUAAGCAGGAUGGUGGUAGCGUGCGGACACGAGUCCUGGCAGAAUGGCCCCCUAGGAGAGAGGGAGAGGGAACAAACAACGAGACUGUCACCCCCAGCACAGCUGCACUGAACCUGAGGUCAGUAGGUCGUGGACACAUAAUGCAGCGCAGCAACAGUGACGUCACCCUUGGAGACUUGGAUUCAGCGGGGCAAGUCGGGAGGAAGUUGCUACGAGUAGGGGGCGACAAAUCUGGGACCACUGGGCAGGGCGAGUUCCUCCACCGAGAGUACGGUAGCCUGUCCUCGCUAGAAAGACAAACCCAUUCUGUAGAUCCCAGUUCGGAAGACCAAGGUGUUCUCAGUCCCAAUGCCUUGCGCUUCAGAGAUCCGUUUGUUCUGCUGGGUCUGCAAGAGACACCUCCUGAGGUGGAUGGUGUGUAUCAAGGAAACUGUGCCCCAGCGGCAGACAAAUCAAAACCGGUCAAGCCCCCCAAACCAGAGGGGCUCGGUAAGAAGGCCAAACCGUCCCCUCCGCAGGCUCCUCAGUUUUCCUGUGACCAAGUCCCAGGUGGUGCUUGGGUGCGUAAUUUUGCACACUAUGAUGUACAGAGCAUCCUCUUCGACCUGUCGGAGGCUGCGACCAAUCGGGACAGCAUCGGGCGCAAGAAGAACAUUACGUCCGGAGCGUCAGCUGCCUCUCAGCUCCGUCCACUUUCACAAUCCACACCUUCCUCAGUUUCUCAGGGCAGCUUGGGAAGCGGGACUGGCUCGGAAGAUCUAGAGCAGUCCUUGCUCGAUGAAGGAGAUGGAAACGAUAAUGAUCUCCUGCUCAGCUGUCCUCACUUUCGGAAUGAGAUGGGUGGCGAGGAGAGUGUGGGGCUCGGCCUGCCGCGGGCCGCCAGGCACAGGUGGAGGAGUCUUCAGAGUCCCAACAAUGCUGUGUCCGUGUUAGAGGAGCCCAGGGAGAGCCAUGUCCAGGCACAGGGGAAAAGUAACUACUUCAUAGAGCAUGCAGACCUGGGGGCUCGGUACUAUCACAAGUACUUUUACAUGAAAGACCACCAGAAUUUCUUUGGCAUGGACGAGCGUUUGGGGCCGGUGGCCGUCAGUUUCCGCAGGGAGGAAAAAGAGGGAUCAAGUGGGUCCCAGUACAACUACAGAAUCAUUUUCAGGACCACUGAACUGAAGACCCUGAGAGGUUCGAUCCUGGAGGAGUCCGUUCCCUCCGCAGCGCGCCACACCACGCCACGCGGCCUUUCACCCAAGAGACUGCUGGAGUUUAUUUUGCCCGAUCUCAACCUACAUUGCCUCAGACUAGCCUCAACAUCCCCUAAAGUCAGAGACACGCUCCUCAAGCUGGACGAGCAGGGGUUGAAUUUCCAGCAUAAGGUGGGCAUUAUGUACUGCAGAGCAGGACAGAGUACUGAAGAGGACAUGUAUAACAAUGAGAGUGCCGGGCCAGAGUUCGAUGAGUUUCUGGACCUCCUGGGAGAGCGAGUACGACUCAAGGGCUGGGAGAAAUACAGAGCUCAACUAGACACAAAAACCGACUCCACUGGUACACACUCACUGUAUACUCGCUACCAGGAUUACGAGAUUAUGUUCCAUGUCUCCACCAUGCUUCCAUACACAGCCAACAAUACACAACAGUUGCUGAGGAAGAGGCACAUAGGGAAUGAUAUCGUCACAAUAGUCUUCCAGGAGCCAGGUGCUUUACCUUUCACCCCCAAAACCAUCCGUUCUCACUUUCAGCAUGUGUUCAUCAUUGUCCAAGUACACGAGCCCUGCACCGAAAACACAUAUUACAGAGUUGCAGUAACUCGUUCCAAGGACAUCCCUCUCUUUGGUCCUCUCUUCCCUAAAGGUGCACGCUUCCCACGUUCUACUGCCUUCCGGGACUUUCUCCUCGCCAAAGCCAUUAACGCAGAGAAUGCUGCGGAGAAAUCAGAGAAAUUUCGCUCUAUGGCCACACGUACGCGGCAGGAGUACCUAAAAGACCUGGCAGAGAACUACGUCACCACAACGCCCAUUGAUUCUUCCACCAAAUUCCCCUUGCUGUCGCUGGGCGGAAAGCGCAAGGAGAAGCUGAAGGGAGCGAAAGGUGCGGAGCUUCACAGCGCUGGUGCUUUAGUGUGGGCCGUCACCGCUGUUCAGGGCGGCGAGAGAAAUGGUCUGAGCCUGUCCUGUCUGCUCGGCGUGUCAGCAGAGUCAGUCGUGCUCAUAGAGCGAUCCACGCGAACCGUCGUAUUCAACUGCAGCUGCCGCGAUGUGAUCGGCUGGAAGGCCGUGACUGAGUCUGGAGCUCAGGGUGGCCCUUCACUGGAUAUCUUCUAUGAGAGAGGCGAGGCAGUGACUGUGACGACUUCAGAAAGCCAAGUUGAGGAUAUCAAGGAGGUUGUCCAGAGGCUGGAGCUGGUGACUCGAGGCUGUGAGGCACGUGAGGUCACUCCCCUGCGGGACGGCGUCGGCCAGCCGGGCUUCCUGAUGAGCGAGGAAGGAUUUGUAACAGAGCUCCAGCGGUUCGGAUACGCGGAGAGCGGUGGGCUGCAGAUGGGGGCUCGUGUGGUUCGUCUCUGUGGGCAGGUCCUGGUGCACCUCAGCCUGGAAGAGCGAAGCCGACUCCUCCGCACGGCUCAAAAGAUCCACAUCACAGUCAUUCCUCCAGACGAGAACGGAAAACCACGCAGGAGUUUCUCUGAGCUUUACCAGAAGGCCAUCCAGGACGCAGAGAGCAAAUCCGGAGAGGGACAGUCAGGCGAGGCCUGGGUUCUGGAUGACGACGAAGAAGUUGAGGUUAAUGGCAGUGGAGGGGAGAAAGAGGAGAAGAAACAGAUUGAAAAUAAGACGACAGACAGGGAAACUCCAAAUCAGGUGAUACACGAGGAGCAGAUGGGAUUUCCGGAGCCCAUGGAAACAGAUUCGCUGCUCUCUCCACCCAGUCUGCCUCUCUUACGGGCCACUUCCCUGCAGGACAACAUGAAGAACCAGAGCCCUGAAGUCACCCCCGUCUCUCUCACACGGAGCUACUCGCUAGAAGCACACGCUCCGUACCAGGACAUCACUGAAGGGCGUGUAUAUGAUAACGUGGCACUGAAAGUGAACAGGCACAUCUAUGAAAUCCCUGGAGAGCCCCGGGACGAGACCCCUGACCUCAUACUGGCAGUCAAACCCAAAGUGCCUCUGGAGCAAGAGCAACAGUCUGUGUGUGACCAGGGGCCUGAAGAGUGGCCAUCGGUCAGUGAUGUGACCAUGAGAUCCGCCUGCAUGGAAAAUGCAGAAAGAAACUCCAGAGCGCUGAGCAUCCAUAACUCCAUCACUAAGAUUCUCUCAGAGACCACAGAUUCGUCUGAGGAGGAGUGGCAGUCGAUCUCUGAUCUGGCCAACGCCUGUCGGAACAUUCUGGAAGCUUUGUCUCAAGAAGACCGGAAGCCAGGAGAUGGAUCACAGGCGUCCCCAGAAACGCAGUCAGGUCAGACAGACACCAGGUUCAAAGAUAUGAAGGACAGUGACUCGCCUGGUCACCUUGAGGAGAAAGUGUCCCAGCUAGAAGCCAUGCUGAAGCGCCUGCAGGACGACCUCCAAAAGGAGAAAGAGGACAAGGCAAUGCUGCAAGCAGAGGUGCAAAGUCUCAGGCAGAACAACCAGCGCUUGCAGGAAGAGUCCCAGAGCACCGUGGCACGGCUCAUUAAAGUCACCGAACUGCUCUGCAACGUCAACAAACCCUGCUAGCAUCGAAGGCCAAACCAUGGCAGCAAGAAAGAUCAGAAGACGCAUGAAAAGGCCAAUGAAAAUGUUAGCGAAUCCCUAAAAUUGUCUCUUAAGUGACAAGACCAUCGAUAAGCCUUACUAGAAAAAGUGCACGAAAAAAAAACUACAUUCUUACUCAAAUUAUACAAUAACAAUUAACAUCUCUGUUGCACCCUACAAUUUUUUUUUUUUUUUUUUCACAUCACUGUGACAGCUUGUUAACAGUGAUAGCCUUCUGAUCUCAAUCAUUGGCUAAUGUUGUUCAAAAACAUCGGACUGUCCAAAAGUCAUUAUUUGCAACCCUCAGAUUCGACUUUGGAAAGCAUUUAGUGACAUGUUCAAAAUCAUAUUGUCUUUAAAUAUUUUCAUCAGAUCCUACACAGUGAACCGGAGGGUCACAAACAAUCGAUCGUGUCCAGAUACCAAGCAAUACAUGAACCUUAUCUGUGGUGAAAUAGGUGGCUUCAGACUAUGACCUUCAGUGUAUAUACUAGAGGAAAACUAUUAAGAUGUCAGUGUGAUUGUAACCCUCUAUUAACCAUCACAGUAUCUGAAAUAGAUAGAGCCCGUUCUCGCCUUUUCUCUGUUGGCCAUGGGUAAAAGGCUUCUUUCUUAUCUUUAGAGUGAAUAUGCUAACAAAACAUCAGGAGAGAUGCAACCCGGCAAUGAAAAUCAUAAAAUGUGUGCUCUCUGGUGCACUGGUAAAUUUUUUGAUUGUGACCACCCUUGUGAAAAAGAAGUGCUUAAUCGUGAAUGUGCACUUGUACGUCAAUUCUUAAAAAUGGUACUUGUAGAGAAGAUAUUAAAUAAAAGUGUAAUUAAAGAGAAACACUUUCAGGGCUAUUUUAAGUACACUUUUAAAAAGUUAGUGUCAAUUUAAAAGCUCUCUUUUAAAUUACAUUUUAAAUCAUCUUCAUUAAUCCUUUGUUGUGUUCUAAAGAACUUAUUUUAAUGCGUCGACUAACAUACUAAAGCACAUGUUAAGUACUUGAUUAUAAUUUUAACUGUAGUGUGUCAUUCAAUAUUGCAUUUAAAGUUAAUACAUUUUGAAUGUACUAAAUUACAAAUAUAUUUAAAUUACAUGACCUAGAAGAUUCAAUAUAAUUUUUUUUUUUAGUUUAGCGUAAAUGCUCAUCAGUACAUUCAACAGUACAUUUGUACCAUAUUCCAAAGACAACUAUGAAAUUACAUGAAAAGAAAUGCAACUUAAGUGUCAAAAAGGACUCUCAAGAGCUUUUUGCUUUUAAUCUGAAUUAAUUCAAUUGCAUCAAUUAUAAAUUGCAUUUAAUAUAAAUUUAAACUAUUAGUAUAAUACAUGGCAUGCUAAGUGUCUGAAAACAAUUCAGUUCACACUUAAAUUCAUUCUUUUAAAAUAUUUUAUUUCUGUAAAAAAAAAAAAAAAAAAUUAAACUCUCAAAAGUGUAAAAGUGUCUUUUUCACAAGGGUUAAACAUGCCAGACAUGUCAACAUGGUUUUCUAUGGUAAUUGACUUGAACCUGGAAUGUUUCGUAAUUUAUCACUGACAAUUCCUGCUUUAAAUAGCCACUUAAGCCACUGGAAUAAUUCACUGGACUUUGUAUAUUUUAUGACACAUACCAGAGACAAAAAGCUCAUUUCAUGAGUGUAUGAUGUGAUCUAUGCUUUUUUUUUAUGAUUUUUUUUUAUUUUGGUAUGAAGCCUUAUGCCUGAUCCCACUGGAUCUGAACGAGCCUUGCAGUCGCCUGCUUGAAGAUAAAGUAGGGCUCUUGAUUUGAGAAGAAAACAAGUUACUAAAGAAAGCAUGACUUAAAAUAGAGCAUUUCUAUUUAUAAAGAUUGCAGCCAGACCAGUUCUACUUUGUUCUCACGCAAAUUUCCUAGAGUGCUUAAUGCUGAAUUAUAGCACAUAUUUAUAAAACUGCUAUUUUGUCUUUUAUUUUCCAUAUUGCACCCAAAUAUCGCUCUUUACCUCACCUUAAGGUGCACUGAUAAUGUGAAGAGAAGAAGAGCAAAACGACUGGACUCUUGCCUGCUCACACUCGAGUGAAAAUGAAACACACGGCAAACAAGUCAAAAGGGAAACGAAAUGUCACAUUACCAUCCUUCAGCAUUACUGUACAUCAUACAUGUCCUCUCCCCUUCAAAUGUUUUUAUUUUAGAGUCACUGUGAUAACCUGGUACCAGCAGAUUCUGAUGUAUUACGAUGAAAUUAUAAAUCUAUAUCUUUAUUCCUCUGUGUGAAGAAGUGUAGAGCCAAAAUACGUGUUACCUCCCUCUGAUGUGUGUAAAGUUUAGUUGUUGCCAUUAGUGGAGAAUUAGUUGAAUUUGAUGAAUGCAGAGAGACAGGAAGUACACUGAUGCAAACGGUGAUGCAUUCUGUGGGAUUUACAUAGCUAAAGAGCAAUGUAAAAGAACUACUUCCUGUUCAUCUGUGUGCAACCUAGUCUUUUAGAUCGUAGGAGGAUGUGAAAGCACGAGACAAGCAAUUUCUAAGCCACCUUCUGUAUCUGUGUAUGUAUUUAUAAAAAUGUAAUAACUUAUUAAUCUUGAAAAUGUGGAUGUUAUUGCUAGAUAUGUAUAUUUGAACUGGAAGGGAUGCAAAUUUGUGAGCCAAUGAAUGUUUUUUUAUGUUAUUUAGAUUGUAAGACUAUUAAGGCAUGACAUGAUAGCAGGUCAUAUUUUGCUUUACUGGAAAAAUAUCAAUCGUUAAGGCAUUUUCCCUAGUGGAAAACUCCUGAAAUCACACUGGAAAUGAACUCGAUCGUGGCUGCUUGGAAAUUACGCGUGACAUUCCAUCUUUUCAUGUUCUUAACAGUUUUAUCAUUAUUUUUAUCGUUAAAGCUGUAUUGUGAAUUUACUGAAAUGUUAACUCUAGGCCUGCUAUGGCGAACCGAGUGGUUUCCAGUUAAAAAAUAACUUUCGUUAUUUAUGGAUUGAAUCAGGACGCUUCAUCUGCAGAACCUUUCUGAGAAAAAAAUGAAACAAAAAAAAAACAAAUGCAUUUAUACUAAAUUACUUUCAAUCAUGUUUGUGAUUAAAUGUAUUUUAAAAGGACAGGUUUGUAAAUGUCAAACUGAUCCUUGUCUUUUUAUGGAUGUUUUAUGAAGCCAUAAAUGCUUUUCAUCAUAUGGUAAUGCUUUACUGUUUGAUUUGUGUUACAAUUCAGUUUUACUGUCGUUUACAAAAGUUGGACCUUUUGUUAUAAAUGUGAUGCUUAUAUUAUGCACUGAAACAUCUGUAAGUAUGGCCUGCUUUCACUGGAACAAAGCCACAGUCACUCCGGGAAAUCAAGCCAUGCAAAACAUGCAGAUGGACUUGGAAAAACACGAGUGGAUUUCUGUAGUGCCAAAUUUCGAGUCGUUCCACUACAACUCUGGCAUUGGAAGACUGUGCAUUUAAAAGCCUCUUACAAACAAUCCAAACCACUCCUAAGAAUGUGCAUUUCCCACUUUGCUAGUGAUCAUUCUUAGAUGUGUUGCUCUUUUUUUAAUGUCUUGUCAUGCCUGAGGACAGAUUUACAGAUUAAGCUUAGUCCCUAUUAGUAGUUAUGUCAAAGACUGUUCUAAAUUGCCAAAUCUGCCAAUAAAUAGCAUUAUACUGUAUCCCAUAAAUGAUCAGCUCCCAAAACAGAAUCACUAGAAGGCACUUUUAUAAAUAGGUAUUGUCACAUGAAACUAAAAAUGUAAGUGUAUGGCAAGCCACAAACCCACACACUAUGCACACUGAUCUAUGAUAUCCGGAAAGAAUAAUGAUUGGAUCGACAGGAAUAAUCCAUCCAGUCAAAACAUAUAAAGAAAUGGUUUGGUGAUCACUGGAGCUGUAUGUUUCUUUUAACUAAUAGGGAUUGAUCAAGUAUUGUAUAUGUGAACCUGAGGGAUCCUGGCAAUAAAAACUGAGCUUGUUUCCAUAUGA